ACUCCACUAUUAUAUAUAGUGAAAGAGGAAUAUAAGGAGAUCGAGCAAUAUGCCAGUUCAACCAAACCUAGCUGUGUAUCAAGUUUUAGCCUUCCCUUUAAAACACUAGCUCCUCGCUUGUCACCUCCCCCUGUGCAUGAAGCUCUUCCAGGAGAAAGAUUAUUCUCGUGGCCCGAACAUAAUGACAUACUGAGGUCUGAUAAAACAAGCGAACAAACAAAAUAAAGAUGCGUUUAUUGACCACUGGUUGAUCGAUCGAGAGCUUGUUGAUCAAGAACAAUACUAUACAUAAGGUGAAUGAUGGAGAAGUUUUCGGGUUUUUCUGAUAAGGAAUACAUGAAGAUGGCCAUGUUGAAACACGAAGAAAUGUUCAGAGAACAGGUUUACGAACUCCAUCGCCUGUAUCGUGUGCAGAAGUUACUCAUGAACAACAUUUCAAGAAACAAAGAAAAUGAAAUGAAGAGUCAAGAGAGAUGGAUCAAGAGGGACGAAAACAUUUCAAUUUACAACAAUAAUUCACACUACCCUCAUCAACCACCAGGCCAGAGGCUUGAUCUAGAGCAGCCUGCCGAAGAACAUAGCACAAAAUUUGAUUGCAAUGGAGGACUCGACAUCGAGGACGAGUGUGACAUUGAGCUGACAUUAGGCCCCUCGAGUUACAAUCCGACGAGGAAGGCCAAAACGCCGCUAACAUCAGAUUCUGGACUUAGUUUCUCUUCUUCAUCCUCUGGCUCCAGCAGUGUCAGAAGAAGAGAUAACUCAGAUGGUAUCCGGAGGAUCACGGAUAAAAUUACGAAAAAAGAACUAACAGGACACAACUGGGGACUUGUUGAGGUGCCUUCUUCGAGCCCGAGUUUUGUGAAUGGUAGAAAGAUGGGUACAAAUGACAGUGAACAAUUGAGGCAAGAUAGACUACAGCAGCCUCCUUGGUUAUUCCAAGUUUUAAGUAUGAACAUUACUUGAUGAGUAAAAACUUAUGUAUUGCUUGGUGUUUCAAGAUAUUUAUGACUUGUAUCCAAGAAUUAACUGAUUUGUGAUUAUUGUACUUUUGUUGUAGAACCUUUCAUGUUUAUCAGUCUUGUGUGAAGUUUAGUCA